AUGCAACGCUCUACUUAUGAUGCCCGCUCGGGUUCUCGUUCCUCAAGUCACAGCAAUAGUAGUGCUUUCAGUCCUAACGCGAACCCCAACGAAGACUGGACCAAGAUCUCCGAUCUCGCAGAGCGUCGUCGCAUUCAGAAUCGAAUCGCGCAACGAAACUAUCGCAAGAAGUUGAAGCGCCGACUGGAGGAUCUAGAGCGACGAGCUGCCUCUUCCGCCUCCCCAGAACAAUCUCAUGCGGAGCCACCCAAGGCUCCUACCAAGACUCGCUCAAAGCGAGCCUCCAAAUCCGGAGAAGUGAAGCAACACUCCCAGGGAGAACGACCAGCCCCGUAUGAGUUCUACAACAACGAAGAGCGUACCAUGUUCGGCCAGCAAUGUACUCGUCAACUCUCCGCCUCCCCUCCUCCAGCCUUCUCCUACCCCCCGAUGACCCAGUACGACGCCUACCGACAGACUUACGGACAAAUUCCCGUCUACCAGACUAUCCCCUCAUACAACCAUCUGUCAUUCCCAGAAUACAGUGACGCGGUCCCCAUGGUGCCGACGGCAGCCAUGGGAGCACCUCGCAAGCCUUACGACGAGGACAUCAUGAGCCCAUUCAGCAUGAGCUAUGCAUCGAUGGCUGGCAUCGAACUAUGCCCACAGCCCUCACAUCCGGAACCGGGACUUUCGAUGCCUUCACUUUCAUACGGAUAUGACCGGCGCGCGGUGUCGACCUCCCCCGAGGCGUCAAUUUUCUUUCCCUUGACACCGCAAUCGCCUCCCUGUUCUCCCCGUUCCGUGGGGCUGUACGAAUAUGACCUGCGGCCUUAG